AUGUCAACACAAGAUGCCAUUCACCACCUGAAGGUACUCGAGCCUCAAAAGGCACCGUCUACCAAAAAGCCAAUCAUCGUGGGCAUAUACGGGAUCCCAGGUGCAGGCAAGACAUACCUCUUGAACAAACUAAAAUUUGAACUGCAGAACGAGAACAUCCUUUUCUACGAGGGCACUGAAGUGAUCGCAUCCACGUGUCCUGGCGGCCUCGACAAUUUUAAUCACCUUUCUGAAGAAGGAAAGGCUCAUUGGCGUGGGGUUGCCAUCAAUGCCAUUCGACAGAGCUGUUUGGACAAAGAAAAGGAUGCUGUGGUUGUGGGCCAUUACAUGUUCUGGCCAGAGAGCGAGCCCAUCGGUCGCUCAGUGUGCACCCCGGAGGAUUUGAAAACAUACACUCAUAUUCUCUAUCUGAGUACACCGGUGCAACAAAUUGCCGAGUACAGAGCCAAGGAGGAUACCCGAAGACGCCUGAAAGCCUCAGUCGACCAUUUGCAGAAAUGGCAAAUCGCCGAAAGUACCCAACUCCGCCGGCUCUGUCUGGAACAUGGGAUACUUUUCAUGUUGCUGAAUCCUCAUUUGCUUCACCACGAGAAGGUCGCUGGCGUCAUUAGGGAUUUCCAAAUCCACACAGAGACAUAUAACACGACCCUUGCCAUGGCCCGACUUGAUGAAAUUAUGGCCAACAAAUCAUCUCAGAUUGAGACUGUUUUGUUUCUCGACUCUGACAAGACCUUGACAACACAAGACAGUGGUCGCCUAUUCUGGGAAAAAGAACAUCCUCAACUGAGACUCAACGGUGGUUCUACGCCCCUGACCGACGUUUUCGGCAGCUCUCUAGCCUAUUCCUACGCUGCGUUCCGACAGGCAACCAUGGUUUUCGAAGCUCGCGACGAUCGUGAGUUUGAUAGGUCUUGCACAAAAGUUGCAGAAUCUAUCAAGAUGUACCCAGAGUUUCUCUUCUUAUUGCACGAAACAGCAAAGGCUCCCCAUGUCAAAGCGAUCAUUGUCACUUGUGGACUGCGUAUGGUCUGGACGAAGGUUCUCGAGAUAGAAGGUUUGUCCGAUAGCGUGGAUGUCAUUGGUGGGGGUCGCCUCAAAGAUGGAUUUGUUAUCACAGCCGCAGUCAAAGGUGCCCUAGUCGAAAGGCUGCAUGAAACAACCAAGUCAUGUGUGUGGGCCUUUGGCGACAGCCCACUGGAUAUCGAAAUGCUUAAAAGAGCAGACAAAGCUGUUCUAGUGACAGGCCCAGAACACACAAGGAGCAAGUCCAUGGACGAGGUGUUGAAGACUGCUCUCGACAACAAGGAGUUGGCCGUCCAGCAAGUCCUUCUGCCUUCAGACGUUCCCCCUCGGGAUCCCUCUCGCAUUCCACUCAUGAAACUCACCGCACAAUGUACUCUGAAAGCAAUUUUUUCCCGUCGAUUUCAAGUUUUCCAUGCGACCGAGAAGAACGCGGCCAAAAUAUUGAUGACUCGCAUGCGCGAUAGUAGUGUCGUCGGUUCGGCAUUAAGAGACGCCCAUUGGGAAGCAGGGAAGUAUUUGGCCGUUGAAUUCAUUUCAGAGAUCAUCGGCGUUGAGGAGUUCCAAAUACGACAUGUUCAAAGCCACUCCGUUGCGGGUCACCGUCUUCUCCACGAAGACAAGACACUAAUCAUGGCUCUCAUGCGUGGUGGAGAGGCCAUGGCAUUUGGUAUCAGCAGAGUUUUCCCUCUGGCGUCUUUCCUGCACGCGGUUGAUCCGGCGAUGCUAAAGGAGAGACAUCUACAAGACAUGAAAACCGUACUCUUGGUCGACUCCGUCGUCAACAGCGGCAAGUCUGUAUUUGAGUGGAUAACGGCCAUUCGAAACAUCAAUGAGUCUGUUAGAAUUCUCGUUGUUGCUGGUGUGAUCUACGAACCGACGGUUUCGCCGGAGAGUAUUGCUCGAAAUCUGGGCUCCCCACCUGCUGCUAGUUUCGUUGCUCUGCGUCUUUCGAAGAACCAGUUUAAGGGUAGUGGUGCAAUUGAUACGGGAAACCGGCUUUUUAACACAGUUUAUCUGGGUUGA